CGAGGCUCUUAGCGGUCCAAGCUUUGAGCAGCUGUCAGAAGGACUCCAACCGUACUGCAGUGAUAUCUUCUGUCGACCGUAAUUUAAGUGAAUCCUUAUUAGUUUCUAUAUCUUAGAUUUAGAACUUCGAAGAGACGCAAAGUUUUCCGGGUAUUGAUAAGUAUAUUUUAAAUAACGAGAUUCAAUAAGAGUGAAGAACUUGCUAGUCAAGUAGUGUUCGGCAUGGCUGAGGUUGGAUUCCGUUUUCAAGGAGAAAUGAAUGGCACCACCUCUGUUGGUGACAAGGAAUUCGACGAGUUUCUUGGUAACGCGACUGCUAAUGGAUCACCCACCGAGUCGAAGGAAAAUGUAGGCGAAAGUAAUGGGACCAAUGGCGUUAUUGCUAAUGGAGAAACGGGCGCAUUCCCUAACGAUCGCAUCAAGUGGAAGGCGAAGCGUCCUUCUAAGUUUGCGCUGAGCCGCACCAAUUCCGACUCGUCCGUCGGUGGUCCAGGCAGAGCCCUGAAGAACUCGCGACGCUCAAGGAACGGCUUCAGCCGCGGCCUGCCCAAGAAAGGAGGAGCGGGAGGAAAGGGCACUUGGGGAAAGUUGGGCUCCGAAGUGCUUGAAGAAGAUUUUGAUACCGGGGCUCUCGACCCCAACGACCCCAACUACGAUGAUCUCAACCCGGACAACGGCGACGUAAAGAUGAAGGUUACGCAACUCAUCGAGGCCCCUCUCAAGAAUGGCCAGCCGUCCGGAACUCAAGCCAAAGUUGUACCUGAUGAAGAAAUAUGUAAAUUAAUCUACUCAGCAAUUAAAGAAUAUUAUGACCACGGCGACACUGAAGAAGCGUACUUCACGCUCGAAGAGCUGCCGUGGACGCCAGAGCAGCGCCACCUGCUGGUGGUGACCGCUGUGGAGGCCGCCAUUGAUCACAAGCCUUCCCACCGGGAGAUGACCAGCGUCCUCAUCGCUGACCUCUACCAUCACACUCUCAUGGAGGAACAUUAUGCUAAGGGUUACGAUCUUCUUCUUAAGAACGUCGAUGAUUUGGCCCUCGACGCUCCAGCCGCCCCCACUAUCCUGGCCAACUUCAUCGCGCGCUCUAUUGCCGACGAUUGCAUUCCGCCCAAAUUUCUCACCCAAUAUAUUGGCCAGAUAGAGAGCGACCACGGGGCCGUUUGUCUGAACCGCGCUCAGUCGCUGCUCUCGAUGCGUCACGGCCUGGUGCGCUUGGAUGCUGUGUGGGGUGUCGGCGGAGGGACGCGGCCUGUGAAGCACCUCGUCAAGAAGAUGGUUCUUCUCUUGAAGGAAUAUCUUUCUUCCUGUGACAUAGAGGAGGCACAGCGCUGCCUUGUUGAGCUCGAGGUUCCUCACUUCCAUCAUGAACUAGUGUAUGAAGCCAUCGUGAUGGCUCUAGAGAAUCUAGAUGAUCGCUCCCUCGUACUCAUGACGAAGCUCUUGGCUGCACUUCAGGCUUCUGUUGUCGUCACUUCCAACCAGAUGAAAGAAGGCUUCUAUAGGGUUUAUGAAGAUUUGCCCCAAAUUUGUCUUGAUGUGCCCACUGCACAUUCCGUUCUCGAGAAAUUUGUCAAGAAGUGUCUCGCUGAGAAGAUCAUUGAUGAUGCCGUGGCUCGUAAGAUGCCAAUCCGCGCUCGCAAGAGGUUCGUAUCUGAAGGCGACGGCGGCCGCAUUAAGGAUGAUGCCUACUAAGCUGCUUGCAAGCGUCUGCUCAUACCUGCCCCAUGUACUGGCUCCGCUCGAGCCUUGUUCGUUCGCCUUUGCUUCAUAUUAGAGUAAUAUGCCCGCUUGAAUUGAGUUCAUUUUUGCUAAGUUUGUUAGUCGGUGGAAGUCUUCAUUUUGGGACGAAACUUGUUGAAACUCAAGAUGUUUCAACGAAAGUUCCGGAAUAGGCGAAAGAACAAGGCCAGAGCAGGACCUCAAUAGUAUGCUUUUUAUACUCGUUACUUGUUUGGUUGAUUGACGUGCUGGUCUGUGCGUGGACCUUGUGUUUCGACUGAGUUGUGGACCUAUCGGCUUUUGGUGGUUUUGCGGUGCGUCCCAGACGUUAUUGGUGAGCAUUUGCUCACCAAUUUGCUAUUGUUGAUACAAUAGUUUCUUUUCCAUUACUGAAAUUGACUAAGGCAAGGUUUCAUUACACAAUGGACUAUUUUCCGUGAUCUUCUAAGUACUUUAUUCUUAGCUGAUGAUAAAUUUUCUUUCGCGUUCAUGGGGAAAGGCUAAUUUUAUUCUAAGUUCACUAUCGUUGUAUUUUAUUUUUGUUACAUUUUCGUUGAUCGUUACUGAAAUCGUACUACCAAAAUGGAAUGUAAUUCCCCCUUGAACCCUGGGUUCUCGUGCCUGCUAGCUUAGUUAUAUAUAUAGGUAUUAGUAAUUGAAUUUACUGUUUUUUUACACCGAAACAUUGACUUAGUUCUUCCUGUAACUUUUUUUUACUGUUAAGAUGAAACUCGUAUUUGCUAUUAGAACGAAUUUUGCUUUUGGUUAUGGGAGUCUGACUUCAGUAAGCUCGAAUUUUGCUGACGGAUAUCAUUUUGUAUAGCGUGAUUUCAUUUUUUUACGAAGUGGAAUUUCGUAAAUUUGUCCGAUAUGAACAAGGUUUCAUUAUAAUGAUGAAAACCAUCCGAAUGAUGAUGCAAGGACACGUGAUUUCUGAGCAGAAUUAAUUUGUCUACUCUUUCUUUCGAGAUAUUUAUCCAUUUUUGAAAUUGUUGCAAAGUUUCAAGUUCGCUUAAUUUGUGCAUGAAAUAGUGCAACAUAACUUAGUUUUCAGCGUGACAUUUGUGUAUAAUCGUGCUCUAGAUCCAUCAUUUCUUUUUCGGUUAGGAGAACGACUUGGAGUACCACUUAGUAUUCAGCAUUAGACCUCGAGAACUUGCCAUAGUUUAAUUAACCAUUACAACUUAUCGGACUAUAACCGAGACAUUGUGUAACCUUAACCGUUACUACAGUGAAGAUUUCAUAGAUAUCGAAUACAAUAAGGGUGAAGCUCAUUGCAUUCAUAUAAUAAGACUUCUAUUGGUCCAACUUGAGUACAUGAACGCAUUAAUGCCUAAGUUAAAUUUGGUACAGCGAUGUAGUUGUAAUUCUCGUAAGCUAAGCUGUCUUUUUCGUGUCGUAAUAACGAAGUAUUUGUAGAACCAUGUCUCAUAUUGACCUUGCAUCAGGAAAUGAAGAUAUUUUCAAUUGAACAAUCCUUCCGUGCUACGAAAUUCGAUCUUUUCCUUUUCAACUGAAUCUUUAGGGGGUGAAUUUUGAGGCAAGACGGACAUAUACGAAUGUUUCGUUCUCAGUUAUACUUUACGUUCAUGCACUGAGAAAAGUACAAAAAAAUCUGAAAAUAGUGAAAAAUAAAAAUGGCAAAAU